CCCACCGUCAGCAGCACGAGAUUAGCUCUCCCGUGGAUUAUGAAACUAAAGCGUACAGAUACACCCGGUGAAACGAAGACACGUCACUGGCUUUAUACAGCCACAUUCACUAACUUUAACAAGUGAUGUUAUUAUAAACAUAAUCGUUUUCAAUAACCCCAGGCUAAUAUAAUGAAGCGUCCCAGAUAUUAACAGUCCCGCGUCGCUGUAAGCCGCUUUAAGACUGCGCGCAGGUGGAUGGAAAUAGAAGCGCUCGAGCUGAGAUGAGAUGCGGACCUGACAGAAAACUUUUGUAUUAAACAGCGAAGAAUGAACAGGGAUGAUUUUAGAGCCUACUGUGACCGUCUUUUCUCCUUUAAAGGCAGAAAAUAACGGGACGCAGUUCCAAAGCGCUUCGGAGUUCAGCGGAACUUUCGGAGUUUUCAGAAACGCGCAAAUAAUGGCAAAGAAGAAACGGGUUUUAUCGGUCAGUUUUAUCAAGGGUUUCCCAGAUGACAGGUUAUUGUAGAGGCAGACAUGCCAGCCAACCUCACCGUCUCCAGCCACACCACCAACUACAACUUCCCAGCGCUCAUCUUCGGGAUAUUAUUGAUCAUCAUCAUCAUCUGCGGGAACGUGCUGGUGUGUCUGAGCGUGUACACGGAGAAAGCGCUCAAAACCACUACCAACUACUUCAUAGUCAGCUUGGCUGUUGCUGAUCUGUUGCUGGCUGUUCUGGUCUUACCACUGUUCGUGUAUGCAGAGUUCCAGGAUGGGGUUUGGUCCCUCAAUAUGACCGUAUGUGAUGGACUGAUGACCAUGGAUGUGAUGCUAUGCACUGCCUCUAUAUUUAACCUCUGCGCCAUCAGCAUAGACAGGUUCAUCGCAGUCUCUAUUCCUCUUAACUACAACCGCAAACACGUGGACCAGCGACAGAUUGUCCUGCUUUCAGCCACAUGGAUCCUGGCCUUGGCUGUGGCUUCCCCCGUGAUGUUCGGAAUCAACAACGUCCCCAACCGGGACCACAGCGAAUGCAAGCUGGAGGACAACAACUACGUGGUGUACUCCUCCGUCUGUUCAUUUUUCGUGCCGUGUCCCAUCAUGCUCUUGCUGUACUGCGGGAUGUUCCGGGGCCUGAGGAAAUGGGAGGCGGCGAGGAAGGCCAAACUGAGGAGCAGCAUGCAGGCCAGCAGAAAGCUUCAGGAGGCCGCCGCGUCCCUGCAGCCGCUGUCUGGCCUGCCACCCCCUCUGCCACCCGUGAUCGAGAAAGACUUGAGUGACAUUACCUUAGAAGAGCUGGAGCACGAUAACUUCCCCGAUCCUGACAGCCCGGGUCCCGUGUCCAUGCUCCCACACCCCGGCGGGAGCCAGAACCGGCGAAGGAAGAGAGCGAAAAUAAACGGGAGGGAGAGGAAAGCCAUGAGGGUGCUUCCUGUUGUAGUAGGUGUCUUCCUGUUCUGCUGGACACCAUUCUUCGUAGUGCACACGAUGAGGGCUCUCUGUGAAGACUGCUACAUCCCCAGCAGCGUCAGCAGCAUCGUGACCUGGUUAGGAUACGUCAACAGUGCCCUCAACCCUAUCAUCUACACCGUCUUCAACACAGAGUUCAGGAAGUUCUUCCGGAAGUUCUUGCCGACUCUGCCCAACUGCUGCUAGCCUGAACAUGCUCUUUGCUAACAGUUUAUAAACAAAACUAGCCCAAAAGUAUAAAUGAACCAGACAAAUAAUGCUUACAUGUAAAUAUAGCAUGAAACAAAUAUGAAAUGUAUGGUUAUAAUAAGAUGUUUGCUGCCCUUACGUUUUUAUUUUAUGGUUUAAUUUCAAAUGUUUAUAAGCAAGCAGGAUAAAUUUGCUUAAAUCUUUCAUAAAAUCAUUCUUACAUAAACUGUGGCAUUUCAUUAAAUUAAAACAGCUUAUUUUGGGAUCAUACUUAUCGUGUGUGUA